UCAAAAAUGUCUGCCUCCUUCCGAUAUGAGGGCAAGCUCUUGUAAUCUCUAGGCUCUUUUACACAAACUAAAUUGAACUGUAAACAAGGAAACGUCAUAAGAUGAAAGUUCAAAACUAUUAUGAGAUGUAUUGAAAGAAACCAAGUACUUUAUCAUACCUAAUUUGAGGAGCCACGCUGGUUGAGUUCACUCAGUUUACUAUUCAAAUUUAAAUAAAGGUAAAAGCUUGGAAUGAUAUGAUGAAGCAAGACUUUAUCAUGCUUCUGCUAUGGAAAAGCUCUGCAAGAGGGUUGCAGAAUGGAGCUUUCAAUAAUAAAAGAAUAAUGAUCAAAUUUGGUACCUAAAAGAUUGAGCAUAACAUCCUGUUUUCAUCAUUUCUUGUACCAGACCACUAACAGUGCUGUGUUCUUUUGCAACAAAAUCUUCUUUAAAUAAAAAUGAAAACAUUACAGUGCUGAAACAAAAGAAAUAACGUUAAAAGACAUCAAGCAACAAGAUACUGAGUAACUGUAAACCUAUGUCGUUACCUUUUAAUCCCAGAAGAGACACGCUGGUUGAUUGAGAAUUGCACAGCUACGUUCAACAGCUAGUCGAAUUGAUCUACCUAACUGGACUAACAUCUUAUUCAAUUGUUUAAAACAGUAACAAUUUGUUUGAGAUAUUGGCCAACACAUUCAGUUUCUUUGAUCUGUAACAUAAAAAAGGACAGAUGAAUUGGAGAGGGCAGUAUGUAUAGUUUGUGAGCACUCACAAAUGACUUAGGUGUUGAAACUAACCUAACUUUGGAUGUUUCACAUAAAUUGCUUCUUUCCCUAAACGAAAACUCAUUGACAGCCAAGUUCACUGAUUCGGAACAUUCAACUUUGGGACCGAUACCUAGCAAUUGAAGUAAAAUCGCAGUCAACAGUUGUAAACUUGUUUUUCUUUUGAAAAUGACAAAAAGCGAAAUUAGUUUCAGCUCUCUUUGGCUAUCGAAUCGGUGGCUCAUCACUCGUUAAUGGGUGUAUCGUGGCCAGCAAUAUUUUCUCUUAUCUGAAUCUUUCCUGGAGUUUUUCUGCUCACUGAUUGUUUCAUUUCGACAAAAUUAGAGUCUGCAGUCUGCUCGGCAAAACAUAGCACCAAUGUUUUUGUUAUGCACAAAAGCUUUCAACAAGUGAAAGUGAAAGGAAAGCUGUGCCAACCCCGAAACGCCAAAGAACAAUUGAAACCUGGAACAUGCCUUUUCUGGGCGAGGGAGAAGAGUAGUGACACUUUUCCCUACAUUUCAGCAUUUUAAAUGUACUUAUUUUAGGUUUUCUAGCCAAAUCCAAAUGGCACGAAUACAAAAGCAACAGGUGUGCAAGGGUUGUCCCACCUGUUAAGUUGUUCACUGGAAGCUGUAAAGAGUCAUUUUUAAAAUAAGCACAAUUUUCCGCCAGAUGUUUAUAAAAACUUUGAACGCUACACAAUAAAAAAGAUAUCUUUUAACGAUAUGAUCCAUAUGUAUGUGCGUAUAAAAUUGUUAAAUCAUGGUUUGCACUUUUGCAUUUUGUCCCCUUUCAAAUUCCGCGCCUUUUCACAGCGAAGUUUAAAGUUUUGUCAUAGACCCAGACAUCUGUCAAGGGGAAAAGAUACAUUCGUAACAGAUUGUAAUAUUAUUUCACUGUUUCAAAAAAUGUAAACUUUUUUUUUUUGAAGAGGUGGGGAAAAGAAGGAUAAACCGUCGAUGGGUGGUCAGAGUCGGUCAGAAUUUGUGAUCGUCUUUUGUUUCUCGUAUUGGCGCCAUGUGUAACCGCGGUUUUGUGCAAACGGCGCAACUCAUUUAGAGAGAAAGUACGAUGGAGGUACUUAGUGCUGCUCAGCUGGUCCAGGCUCUUGAAGAGUACGGAAAGUGUUCGGAGAUCGUAGAUUUUGAUGAUGAUUUCAAAUCCGCACUCAAGGUUUUGCAAGGUAACAACUUAACUCCCAAGUUUCGUUUCCAAAGCGCGGGUGCCUGGGUGCGUCCCAGGCCACUGCCCACCCCGCCUUUGUUUGCUGAUUUUAUGGAUCGUCUUGAUGAUUUCAGCUCAAAAGAUUAAUGGAAAAAGGUUCUUGAAGCUUGAAACCAUUGACUUUUCCCAUCUCGGCAUUUCCUAUGGGGUUGGUAUGGACCUGAAAGGAUUGGCUGAAACAAUUAAUGAUGACCUCCUUUCCAAAGGCACCUUAAGAGAUUCAGUUAAUGAUAACAUUCCUUCAGAUUCCCCAGGAGCAAAUAAACAAAGGGAUUCCAUGUCUGAAAUGCUACCGGAGAUAGAUGAUAAGUUUGCUGAAAUAGAGCAAUAUUUUACUGUUGAAGAGUUUAAUGAGAUGAGUGAUUAUGACAAGGAUGUUCAUUUGAAUUUGAAGCGCAAAUAUGAUUCAAUGUGUGAGAAAGGUCUGUGUCAAUCAGCUUUUUUUCAUACACAUGCAGUUAGCUUGGUCCUAAAACACAUGAAAUUCUUAAUUUUAGCUCCAUCUUGGAACGUGGAAUCAGUUGCUAUGCCUGAGUUUAUGAAACCUAAGAAACUGAAAACAAUCACCACAAAAACCAGCAGAAGUCUGGCAGAACUAAUGGCCAGUUCUAGUACCCAAUCUUCACCAGGAACAUCAUCUGAUGGUUCAAGAUCAGGUCCAAUUAUUCUCAGAACACAGAAAGACCCUUCAGCAGGAUUUUCUUUUUCGAGGUUUUCAACGGGACCAGAUCCUUCCUUUGCUCGUGUUCUCAGACCCCAGCUGAACACGACAACUACUGUUGAUGAAUCUGAGGAAGACAUCUGUGAUGAUGAUCAAGUAGAUCAAGGCAUCGAUCAGAUAGAGAAGCCAAAGGCUAAACCACUAAAGAUGGCAGAAAUAGAUUAUAUUCCAACGCUACCAUCUUUUGAUAUUGAUGACAUAAUUUCGAAAUUGAAAGGGAACAAGCAAAUGAGGGGUUUACAGGAUGAACUAAAUAAGGAUGGCCCUUUGAGCUCUGUAAACUUGAAAUUAUUAGUGAGAACUUUAGUGCUGAAGUUGUUUUGUGACAAGGAGGGAAACUACAAACGGGACACAACUGCACAACAAAAGGAAGGCCUGGCUGCCUCCCUUAUCUUGCGGUGCCCUUUUCUCAAAGAUGAUUCAGAUCCCACAAAGUGGACGUGGUGGCGGGUUUAUGACAGAAAGAUGAACAGAGGCAGAAUUCCAAAUGUGAUAUCCCAUCUCCAGCGGAAACAGGAUGAUGAAGACAAGCCACCUAGAAAUGUAGUCCCCUCUACAAGUGGCAGCGGGGAUACUGCACAGGGAGAGAAUGCUGGUUCCUCGUCAUCUGCUCAAUCAAUUGAUGAUUUUUCUUGGUUGGGCCUCCUUGUGCCUAGUGCAGGGGAACACAAACAAAUUUUAUUGGGAAUGAACCAAAGUUUCCCAGCGAGAAAAUCCUGGAUUUUAUCAGAUGGACCAACAAUUCAUGAUGUUUUGGAAAAAUUCCCACACUUAGUUUCUUACAAUGGAGAGCUUAUUGAAGAAGAAUUUAAAUUACUCUACCCAAAAAUAAAUCACUUGGCUCUUCUUCAAAGCUUUCCACCUUUCAUCUCUAAGCUUAAGAGCCAGGAAACACUGCCAUCUUUGCCAGAAAACUUAAGUGACGAUGUUUUGCAAGGAUGUCUUUGGCUGGCUGAAAAAAUGCCAUGGCAAAAUUUAAAGCGAUUUGGAAAAGGGAAACGAGGAAAAUUAGACCUUCAAGAUUUGGUCCACAUUAUUCCUUCUGGUGUAAAUGUAAGGGAAGCUAUAGAGGAGAGAAGACGAACAUCUCAGGGCCCAGUUCAGCCAUACUUAAUAUGUCUAAUACCUGAUAGAUCAAUUUCAAAAAUGUUCGCUGUUGUAGACAACAAGACUGUGGAGAUCAAAACUUCAUCUUUUGUUAAGGGUCUUGAUAUUAUUUUCAAAAUUUACCAUGUUUUUAAUGUUAAUUAUCCAGCAGGAUGGUCUCGUUUCCUUUGUUUUCUAGAAUGGGGCUUUUACAAAAUCGAUCCCCAGAAGCUCACCAAUUCAAUGAAAGAUUUAAUCACAAAAAUUGAAAGCUAAAUCUUACAAGCUUCUGUA